AAGCGUCAAAAUGGCGGACACCUUGCUCGUUCGGGCACUGAAAGGAAAACCAAAGACUCUGAACCUCUGUAACAAAAAAUUACACAAAGUACCAAGAGCUAUAGGGAAAUUGGAUUGUGUUUUACAUCUUCAGCUGCGAGGAAACAAACUGAAAGAUCUGCCAAAUGAAUUAAGUCACCUCUUUCAGUUGCAGAUUUUGAAUUUAGGCAACAAUGAAUUAGAAGAUUUACCAGAUGUGAUUGAAUACCUGACCAUGCUGGAGAAACUCCAUUUAUUCAACAACAACAUACAGAACUUGUCGCCUAAAGUAUUAACAAAUCUAAGGAAUCUUACAUUUUUGAAUUUGAACUCAAAUCAGUUGAAAACAUUUCCUCCAGAAAUAUGCAGACUUUCAAGUCUGCAGCAUCUGAGUGUGGAUUAUAACAAGUUGACGGAACUUCCAGUGGAGAUAUGUGCCUUGCUCCGUUUAGAAGAGUUCAGAGCGGCUGGAAAUCAGCUGACCAGUCUUCCACUGGAAUUUGGAUUCCUGGUGAAUUUGGAAAAACUUUAUCUACAGAAAAAUAAAAUCAGGGAGCUACCAGAGAGUCUUGGAAAAUGCUACAAAUUAAGAGUAAUUGACAUUGCUGCUAACGAGUUGAGGAUUUUCCCUACCGAGUUGGGUGAUCUGCCGCUGAAGGAGAUGUACUGUGAGGAGAAUCCGUUAUUACAACACAUCCCUGUGCACUCUGUUCAGGAAGAGGAAGUCCUCUCACUCAAGGAAAUAACAGCAAGAUAUGUGAUGAAAGAGUUAAAAGACAGGUGGUCGUACCUGCGACGUGCCAUCCGUCACUACCCCCAGAUAAAGGACAUGCUAGCCCAGGCCAGCAAGUGUUCUGUUUGUGGCGAGUCUUUCCUUAACACCUGGUUGGAAUGUGUACGCUUUGUGGAUGCCAAGAGUGACCUUCACUUGACCAACAUCACAGGACUUGUGCCCGUCAGAGCUCUACUGUGUUCGUACAAAUGUUUCAAUUCCGCUGGCCAUCAAUAUUACGGAGUUGCCUUCCCUUAACAGGCUGCUGAUAAGAAUGUUGACAGUCAUGUUGACAUGAUGACAGAUGACGUUAUAUCAUCAGGACAGAUUAUAACAAGUCAACUGUUUCACUGUUUUUAUGUUGAGAGCUAGCUGCAUGGGUUAAAUUUUGAUGAUCUUUGACCUUAACAGUUCAUGACCUCUGGCAAGGUCAAAGACAUGUUACAACACAGUGUUAUCAGUUGAACUCAAACUGUAAACCGUGAUCUCCGACACAUUAAAAGUAUAAGGUUGAUGCUUUGCCUUUGACCUUGCAAUUAACUGGUACAAGCACUAGUUGAUAAAUGCAGAUCAACCUUUGAACUGUUGACCUUUAUGCAUGUAUAUAACCUCUAGAUUUGACCUUAAUGUCAAACCAAGUUACAAGCAAAAUAUUUGACUAAAUAUAUGAUGAUAAAAUCGUAAUAUAUGUUGACAGCUCAACAUGAAAAAGUCAAUAUUAUGAGGGAAAAUGAAAGAUUUUUUUUUAUAUUAUUACAGUUAGAAUGUGUGGAAAAUGUAACUAAUGACUAUACCAGAUUCAAUAUAGCUGUUAGUAAUUAUUAAAUAUUGCAUUGUUCAUAUUUUUAUGACAUUUUAAAGCAAUCUGUGAUAUUUAUGAUAAAAUAA